AUGGGCUGCUGCUACAGCAACGCCGAGGCGAACGCCUACGUCAUGGACUGCACGAGCCGCGCGACCGUGGGCAUCUCGAACAUCUUCCUGGGCUACGCCAUCCUGCGCUACGCGGCCAAGGAGGCGGGCUGCGAGCGCAUCCACGCCGACGGCAUCUGCGGCAAGCGCCUCGAGUCCGGCCUCCGCGCGAGCUCGCUGCUCACGGUCAUGCUCACCGUCGGCUACCUGGCGACGGCCGCGUGCCUGCCGCUCGUCGGCACGCUCGUCGACUACACGCCGCGGCGCCGCGCCGUGGGGCUCGGCACGGCCUACGCGCUCAUCUUCAUCCAGAUCAUCGAGAUCGGCGUCUCCGAGCGGAGCUGGCCCGCGGUCGCCGCGCUCCAGGUCGAGGCGCAGGUCGUCUACCUGCUGCACCUCGUGCCCCAUUUUGCGUACAUCCCGGAGCUCACGCGCGACGACCGCGAGGCCGCGGCGAUCCAGGCGUCGGGCCUCGGCGGCGGCUACGGCGCGAGCCUGGGCAUGCUCGCGGUGCUCGUCGGCUUCGGCGGCGGGCCCGUCGACACCGCGCGGCUCGCGCAGGGCCUCUCGGGCUUCGCGCUCGUGGCGACGCUGCCCUACGCGUGGCACGCGCUGAACGGGGACCGGCCGGCGCUCCAGGCGCUCCCUCCGGGCGGGUCGCUGCUCACCGAGGGCUUCGCGAGCCUCCGGCGGACGGCGGCGACGACGCGGACGGAGUACCCGGAGCUCUGGAAGCUGCUGCUCGGGCUGAGCUGCUGGGAGGCGUCGACGUCGGCGUUCCUGAACCUGCUGCCGACGUACCUCGCCGUCUUCGCGGGCAUGACGGCGACGCAGAUCGGCUCGUGCCUCGGCGUCGCGCUCGUCGCGACGCUCGGCGGCGCGUUCCUCAGCAAGGUGCUCCUGCGGCGCUGCUCCUGCAAGGCCGUCGUCGUCGGCGCGUUGUCGUUCCUCUGCCUGCUCGCGUUCCUCAUGCCGCUCGCCGUCGCGGGGCCCCAGCACAAGGACGCGCUCUACGGCUUCGGCUUCCUCGUCGGCCUCGGGAACGGCGUCGUCUACCCGGCGCAGCGCGUGCUGUUCACGAAGCUCAUCCCCGGCGGCCGCGAGGCGCAGAUGUGGGGCAUCUACUCCUUCGCCGGGGCCGUCUGGGUCUGGGUGCCGCCCCUCGUCUUCACGGUCAUCAACGAGGUCGUCGGCAUGCGCUUCGCGAUCUGGUCCCUCUGCGCCCUCUACGCCGUGGGCAUCCCCCAGGGCCUGCGCAUCGACCUCGCGAAGGCGGAGAAGGACGUCGCGGUGCUCGUCGACGGCUGUCGCAUGCCCGAGCUCGAGGACAAGGACUCCGGGCCGCGAGACUGGGGAUGGCUCGCGUGGGACCAUUCGGCGCGGGAAGUCGCUUCCGUCGUGUCGUGCCCGAACCAGCACCAGCGCCUGAUCGCGACGACGACGAACGACUACUUCGAGAUCUUGCUCAAGAACGACAAGCGUUGGAAGUACGGGGACGGCGACCACGCGAAGGCGGCGCUCCGCUUCGUGACCUACGUCGACGGCCACAUCAUGGAGAAGCUCCUCGUCGACCCGGGCGACGAGUCGGUCAUCGAGGGCCAGGACGUCUCGAGCGACAAGCGCUACGGCAUCCGCCGCAUGCGCUUCGCGCCCCUGCGGCCGGAGAGCUCGCGCGAGGGCGCCGCGACGGGCGCGCGCGCACCCCAGGCGGGAAAAAUCGACGUCAUCGUCCGCGCCGUGCGCUCCAUCACCUACGAGGACGAGGACGACGGCUACGACAGCUACGGCUACCCCUAUUCGUCGUCCGAGGAGGAGGACGAGGCGGACAUGGGCUUCAAGCCGCCGCCCGACUCGUCGCAGGCGGCGACGCUCGGCAACGCCGAGAAGAAGCGCCUCUUCGGCCUCGAGGCCGCCUUCGACGACGAGGUCGCAUUCGGCGCCGAGAUCAAGUCGACGCGGACCAAGUGCUUCGUCGACUACGACCAGGACGCCGUCGUCGCGACCUUCUCCUUCCGCUACGCCGCCAUCGAGGGCCUCCAGAUCGCCAAGACGAACCCCAAGGCCUGGCAGGACUGGCAGUGGCGCCAGAUCGAGGCCGCGCGCGUCGCGUCGCGCGAGCUCCGGAAGUCGCUCCGAGGGGGCUUCGCGGUCACGGAGCCGCCGUCGUACCUCUUCUCGUCGCGGCUCUCGUCGCUCGAGGGCGCCGGCGCGCCGCGCGCCGUCGGCGACGCGGCCGCGCUCGACGCGGCGCUCCGCGGCGAGGGAUUCAAGCUCGCAGGCGAGGCGUCGUCCUUCUUCGCGGCGUGCUCGCGCCAGCUCUGCGGCACCGCGGGGCUUGCGGGCUACGUCGAGCACGCCGUCGUCGAAGAGCUCGUCGCCUGCGAGCGCUUCCCGCGCAAGAAGGAUUGGGUCCACGGCGAUUACGAGGUGCGCAUGGACCGCGACGAGCUGUGCGACGAGACCUUCGAGGACGAAUACGGGUACCUCUAUCGCGGCGCGAAGUCGCCGAUCAAGACGGCGAAAGCGUGGCUCGAGUUCGUCAAGGCGCGCCGCGCGGCGCACGGCACGCUCGCCGCCGGCCAGAUCUACGACGACGACCUCGCGCUCAGCGACGAACCGCCGCCGCUCGUGCCCGGCGACCACGUCCUCGUCCGCGCGGCCAAGGGCGCGGAGCUCGAGGAGUCGCCGGCGAAGGGCCGGUCGAAAAAGGUCGCGCGCAAGUCCACCGCGGGCAAGGCGCCGCGCAAGCAGCUCGUUACCAAGGCGGUUCGGGCGAGCUUCGAAGUCGAGAUGGACGAGCAGGACAAGGAGGACAAGAUGCUCAUCGUCCCCACGAAGGAGCAGCUCGUCGACUACGAGGCCGUCGUCCUCGCGGCCGGCACGACGGACUCGGAGGUCCGCGUCAAGCAGGUCGGCAGCGCGCACACGGAGACGCUGAGCCGCAACUCCAAGCGCCUCGGCGUCGGCGUCACGUCGCGGCGCGGCGCGGCCGUCGCCGAGAUGCAGAUCGAAAUGUUCGCGCAGGCCUUCUCGAACGUCUUCGGCGUCAUGCUCUACCUGUUGAUGGUCUCCGGGCAGGACAAAAAUCUGCGCGUCGUGCGCGUCAUGCCGCGGCCCGGCCGCCGCGUCCUCAUCAACGGCGUCGCCGUGGCGCACCUCGGCGGCGCCUUCGACUCCAUCCAGCGCCACCACGACAUCAUCGAGAUCGGCGACGAGAGCGACGAAGACGAGGCGCCGCUGCCCGCGCCGCGGAAGAAGAGCCGGACGGCCAAGUUCUCGAAGUUCAAGAAGGAGCCCGGCGGCGUCAAGGCGGAGAGACGCUUCACGCUCGACGCCGGCGCCCAGGACGAGCCCGACCUCGUCGCCGUCGCCCAGAUGGACGACGACGACCCGUACGUAAUGAAGAGCCUCUCGAUGAGUGAACGUGCGGAGAAGAUCAAGACCAUGGACAAGGACGCGAUCGCGUCGGCCUCGGUGCUCGUCGACGGGUGCCGCAUGCCCGAGCUCGAGGACAAGGACUCGGGGCCGCGGAACUGGGACUUCUUGGCGUGGGAUCUUCCCGAGCGCGAAGUGAAGAGCGUGCGGGAAUGCGAGAACCAGCACCAGCGCCUCAUCGCGACCGCGACGGACGACUACUUCGAGGUUCUGGUCACGAACGACCAGCCGUUGGCAUUGAGCUCCGAGGACGAAAACCUGCUGCGGUUCUCGACGUACGUCGACGGCCUCCGGAUCGACAACCUGAUCGUCGACCCGCAGACCGACGCGAUCAUCCAAGGGCAGCACGUCAGCAGCUCCCGGCAGUUCGGCGUUCGGCGCAUGCGCUUCGCGCCGCUGCGGCCGGACAGCUCCCGCGAGGGCGCGGCCCGGGACGUGCGCGCGUCGCAGGCGGGCCGCAUCGACGUCAUCGUGCGGCAGGUGCGCAGCAUCGAAAUGGACGAGGACUUCGGCUACGAUCCCUGGAUCGAUCACCGGCACUACGGCUCUUCCGACGAGGACGAGGACGAGGACGCGGGCUUCGCGCCGGCGCCCGACACGUCGCUCGCGGCGACGCUCGGCAACGCCGAGAAGAAGCGCGUCUUCGGCCAGGAGGCCGCCUUCGACGAUCAAGUCGCGACCGGCGGCGCCCUGAAGGCCACGCGAUCGAAGUGCACCGUCGUCUACGACGUGGACAGCGUCCUCGCGACCUUCUCCUUCCGCUACGCCGCCAUCGAAGGCCUGCAGAUUUCCAAGACGAACCCCAAGGCCUGGCAGGACUGGCAGUGGCACCAGAUCGAGGAAGCGCGCGUCGCGUCGCGCGAGCUGCGGAAGUCGCUCCGCGGGGGCUUCGCGGUCACGGAGCCGCCGUCGUACCUCUUCUCGUCGCGGCUCUCGCCCCUCGAGGGCGCGGGCGCGCCGCGCGCCGUCGGCGACGCGGCCGCGCUCGACGCGGCGCUACGCGGCGAGGGCUUCAAGCUCGCGGGCGAGGCGUCGUCCUUCUUCGCGGCGUGCUCGCGCCAGCUCUGCGGCACCGCGGGGCUCGCGGGCUACGUCGAGCACGUCGUCGUCGAGGAGCUCGUCAAAUGCGAGCGCUUCCCGCGCAAGAGCGAAGGAAAGGGCUACACCAAGCACGAGAUUCGGCAGCAGAAGGACUGGUACUUCGACAAUGAGUACGGGAGGCUCUUUCGGGCUGGAAAGUCGCCCAUCAAGACGGCGAAGCAGUGGCUCGAGUUCGUCAAGGCGCGCCGCGCGGCGCACGACGGCGCGAUGGCCGCGAACCAGAUCUACGACGACGCCCUCGCGCGCAGCGACGACCCGCCGCCGCUCGUGCCCGGCGACCACGUCCUCGUCCGCGCGGCCAAGGGCGCGGAGCUCGAGGAGUCCCCGAAGGGCCGCUCGAAAAAGAUCGCGCGCAAGUCCUACGCGGGCAUGGCGCCCCGCAAGCAGCUCGCGACGAUGUACCACGAGAAGAUGGCGGUCCUCCAGAAGGAGAAGGACGCGAAGCUCCUCGUCGUGCCCACGAAGGAGCAGCUCAUCGACUACGAGGCCGUCGUCCUCGCGGCCGGCACCACGGACUCGGAGGUCCAGGUCAAGCAGGUCGGCAGCGCGCACACGGAGACGCUGAGCCGCAACUCGAAGCGCCUCGGCGUGGGCUUGGCGUCGCGCCGCGGCGCCGCCGUCGCCGAGAUGCAGGUCGAAAUAUUCGCGCAGGCGUUUAGCAACGUCUUCGGCGUCAUGCUCUACCUCCUCAUGGUCAGCGGAUCAGACAAGAAGCUCCGCGUCGUGCGCGUCAUGCCACGCCCGGGCCGCCGCGUCCUUAUCAACGGCAUCGCCGUGGCGCACCUCGGCGGCGCCUUCGACUCCAUCGAACGCCACAACGAGAUCAUCGAGAUCCAGAGCGGGGACGAGAGCGACGAAGACGACGCGCCGCCGGCGCCGGCGCCGCCGCCGCGGAAGAAGUCCCGGACCUCCAAGUCCGCCAAGUUCAAGGCGGACCCCGGCGCCGUCAAGAGCGAGCGCCGCGCGUGAGCGCGCUCGAAAGCUCCCCGCGUAGUUCCCGCGUAGAGACGAGUAUGUGUUUCCAUCUCU